AUGGAAGACGACCGUGCCGACUGGGGAGGAACGGUGGAUCUGCUGCUGGCGCCGGCCGGUGGCCGCCAUGGCGAGUGCCGCUCCAUGCUGCAGGCGCGGGAAGAGUUCUUCCACAGGUUCGACUGCGGUGGCAGAAUGCGUCGCAGAUACGAACUGGACAUUGCGUCCUCUGCUGAGUGCCCGUCCGGCGAGAAGAGGAAGCAGAGGCGGCGACGGUCCAAAGGUACGCCGCAACUCUGCUCAUCCGUUUUCUCGUACGCGUCAUCCGUCAUCCUUCUUCCUGUGUGGAUGGAUCGUCGUUUUCCGGAGAACUCGAAGUUCGUCGAGCCGCAGGGAUUUGGGGAUUCCGCUGGCGAACAAGCUAGGUGCCGUAUACUUCGGUAG